GUGAAGUUAUUAUCUCAUCAAACAUAAUGUCUGGCAUUUCUUUUACAGGAGAAGAAAACCUUGCAGCUGCCUCUGUUGCUAUUACUGUUAUCCAGAAGGAAGUGUGUGCACAAUCCCCAGGUCAUGCUGUUUUUGUCCAGAGCUUCAGGCACAGCCACGUGAAGAGGAAAUGAAGAGUGGGAACGAAACUUCUUCGGCAGACUUCAUUCUGCUGGGACUCCUGAGCCGGACCAAUGUACACAUUUUCUCUCUGGCUCUGAUCUUAUUAGCUUUCAUCACUGCUGUGUCUGGAAAUGCUCUCCUCAUACUUCUAAUCCAUGUGGAUUCCUCCCUUCACACCCCCAUGUACUUUUUCCUCAGCCAAUUGGCCUUCAUGGACAUCUGUCAGACUCUGAUUGUUGUUCCCAAAAUGGCAGCAGGCUUUCAGAGUGCAGGCAACCCCAUUUCUCCAGUUGCCUGUGGGGCUCAGAUUUUCCUCUCUCUGACUGUGGGUGUGUCGGAGUGCCUUCUUCUGGCAGUCAUGGCUUAUGACAGGUAUGCAGCCAUUUGCAACCCCUUGCAAUACCCCGUCCUCCUGAGCAGGAAAGUCUGCCUGGGCCUGACAAGUGGGGUCUGGAUUGCAGCAUCUGCAGAUGCCUUGAUUCUUGCAGCUUCUACAAUGCAGCUUUCCUACUGUGGCUCUAAAGAGAUUAACCACUUCUUUUGUGAGGUCCCAGCCCUGCUCAAAUUGUCCUGCUCUGACACAUCCCGAUAUGAAACUCUGGUGUUCGUGACUAGCGUUGUCCUUCUCCCCAUCCCCUCUUCUAUCAUCGUAGCCUCUUAUGCUCGCAUCCUUGCUGCAGUCCUAAGGAUGAAUUCAACCAAACAGCGGAAAGCUCUGGCCACUUGUUCCUCCCAUCUGACUGUAGUGGGCAUAUACUAUGGGGCAGGCAUCUUCAUGUACAUGAGACCCACCUCCUACCACUCACCAGAGGAAGACAAGAUUGUGUCUCUAUUUUACACUGUUGUCACCCCAGUACUAAAUCCACUCAUCUACAGCCUGAGAAACAAGGACGUCUUAGGUUCCCUAAGAAAGCUGUUUGGGAAAUGCAGAGCCUUCCAACAAAAUUGAUAGAAGCUGUAGUUUACAACCUACUAAGUCUCAUCAGCCUGAGAAGGAUACUGGCACAGUUUUCUGGAACAUUUAGAAGGAAGCUAAAUUUUCUCAGUCACUUAAGAGCCAGUGCCCUACUGAGAAUCAAAGGCUUUUGGACUCUAUCACUUAAACAGUAAGAAACAAGUGUGAGCUAGGUUGCCCCACACUACCAGUUCACUAGUUUUUCCCUGUUCCAGGAAAUUUAAACAAAUUAUUGCAUACAGUGGGCAUGUCUAAAUGAGAUGCUGUACUGUACAGUAGACUAAUCUACUGCACAGUAAAGAAUCACUGUCUACCUGUGUGGGGUAUAUACUGUUCAAUAAAUUAGUAUAUACAGGCAGCAGUUCUGUGCAGUAGCUAAUACAUGUAAAAUACACGUAGUACAUUAACUGUGCAUUAGUUUCUGUGUAGUAGUGCACACGUAGCCUCUUACCAGGAGCAAAUUUGCUUCUGGUCAGCCUAGACAGCAGAGGGGCACAGGGGACAGGGGAUUUCUUGUCCCUGCUCCUUGUGCUCUUUAGCUCACAGCUCCCCUCAGAAGCUGGAAGCCGACCAGCACCAGGACUGGGGAGCUCUCUGCCCCCUAUCCUGGUUCCUGGCUCCCAGUGUGGAGGUGGCUGCUCUGGGGGGCAGAUGGGGGCUGGGGUCCCAGCCACCGAUUGCCCCCUGUAGCUGCCAGCUCUGUGCUGUGCAGAAUUGCUCUGGGGGGAUAUUGGGCAUACUGGGAACCCAAGCAGAGCAACUGCCAAUGAGCCUUGUGCCCAUCCAUCCAGCAGGAAACCUGCCAGCACGUGCCCCACACCUAGGACAGCUUUCAGUGAACCUUCUGCUGGGCAGGAACGCCCUGCCUGGGAGGGGGCUCUCUGACACCUGUGUGUCCCAAUGGGCAUCAGGCGAAGAGAGCUCGUAUAGAUGUGCUCCUGGGGAAGGCUUACUGUAUAGUAUUUUACUGCACAGUAAGCCUAAGGUGAAUUAAUAGAACAUAUUGACAUGGCCACUGAAGACUUGAUGGGGGCCUGAAAUUUCAUAUUUCCCUUAUGUUGACGCUUUGCAUGUGGCCCACACCCUCCUACAGGAAAUAGGUCAACUGCCAGGGCAACAAAAAUGAUCUGGGGCCUGGGAUCCAAGACUUAUGAAGAAAGUGCUGAAGACAGAUAUUUGGUAGGCCUGUGUGAAGUGGCUAGUAUUCACUUCGGAUUUGGUGAAUCUGGGGGACAGUGAUUCAAUUUGGUGAUUCGAAUCACUGUCCUGAAUCGAUUCGGCCGAAUCUGAUUUGGAGAUUCUGCCGCUGCUGAAUCGGUUGAAUCUCUGAAUUAGACAGGCCCCCACCCACCGCCUGCUCUCCCAGCCCCUCCAACACAUGGCUUCCCUGUCCAGUCUCAGCUCCUCGCUCUUUGAAAAAAAAAAAAAAGCCCUGUACUCACCGGCCCCUGCCAAGUGGGAGGGGGGUACAAUCCCCACUAACCUGUGCUUUGUGGGGGGCUCUGCCACAAGCUUCCCAACACCCACUCACUCUCCCAGCCUCCCCAGGACUGCUCCACCCACUCCUGCUCCCGGUUCUUUAAAAAACAAAAACAAAGCGGGGGCUGAACUCACUGUCUCCUGCCAGGCAGGGGGGGCAUCCCCACUGCCUCCAACUGCCCAGUGCUGCAGGAUGGGGGCUCUGCCAUGAGUCCCCAGAAGCCCUGAGGCUGCUACGGCAGCCUGUGAAUUCAGGGCAUUUUUUUUUUAAAGAACCGGGAGCUGGGGCAGGCAGGGCAGCCAUGGAGGGGUGGGAGCUGGGAGAGCGGGCAGGGUCAGGGUGCUCAUGGCAGUGCCCCCCAUGCAGCGUGGGGCAGUGAGGAGCAGCAAGGAUCACCCCCCACCUGGCAUCACGUGGUGAG